GUCGACGAGUUGGUUAUGUUAGCAUCCAUUCCACCAAUGGAAACGGUACGCUCUUUCCCCCGGGACCCUAGCGCUCCUUCGAGGCAUCCGUCAGCGGAGGAUUUGGACGCUGCGCAGCAGCUGAUUUCGUCUGCGCAGGCGGGUCGCGAACAUCUGGCACAAUAUGGGAAUGGGCCUGGGAUCAAAGUCUCCGGAAGCCCUCCUCCGAACCACCAUGGACCGCCCUCUGCACCGGGCCAAUUGACGGAAGGUCAUGUCAAUGGUCACCGGGAUGGAACCUCUCCCAAAGCACAGAAGGAUACCUCGUUCCUAGGACACUCUUGCAGCAAUUGCGGAACACAACACACUCCCCUCUGGCGUCGCUCCCCGACAGGUGCCAUGAUUUGCAACGCCUGUGGCCUCUACUUGAAAGCUCGCAACGUUGCUCGCCCUACGAAACGAAAUCGGAUACAGCAAGGUGCGGACGGUGCUGAAAAACCAAAUACCCCCAUUGCGUCUCGCACCGAAACCGCGGAUACCUCAGGAGGAGGUUGCAAAGGCUCUUGCCCGGGAGGUGGAAGUUGCAAUGGCACCGGUGGUGCGGAAGGAUGCGAUGGCUGCCCGGCUUACAACAACCGUAUCUACAAGGCCGCGAACCGUGGCCCACCCGCCGUUGUUCAGGGCUCAUGGGGCCGGACGUCUGCUCCAGAUUCUGAACCUGCAUCCGCACCCCAGGAAGUUGAGACACCGGCGAAACCUACGCCCUCAGAUGGUGCAUCGUCCACUCUCGUCGCUUGUCAAAAUUGCGGGACAACGGUCACCCCGCUCUGGCGACGGGAUGAACAUGGGCACCCCAUCUGCAAUGCUUGUGGUCUUUAUUACAAGCUUCACGGUUGCUAUCGUCCGACCACCAUGAAGAAGUCCAUCAUUAAGCGCCGCAAACGUGUUGUCCCCGCUCUCCGCGAUCAAUCUCCCACGGCUGCUACUCACUCAUCCAACGGUUCAUCGGCCUCUCCCGAGGCAUCGCCCGCUGCUUUGGCCCACGAUAACCAUCGCUACAUGAGCAAUGAGCCCAUGGAUGGCCCACGGCAGAUGCCCUUUGCACCACCUCCGGUGGACUUUACCGGCUUCCAUAUCAGCUCCGCCCCCUUGCAGCAUAAUGGACUCCCCAAGCUUCUCAAUCCUGAGCGAUUGGGUCAUUCACCGGUAUCUCAAUACGGCCGCCGAUCUGUGUCUCCCAAUUCUCUUCCAAAGAAACGCACAUUGGCCGAAACCGUGACGGAAACCCUCUCCAUUCCCACCACUUUGGGAUCUGGCUCCAAUCAGUUGCCUCCCAUUAUGACUUCCGCCAACCCCUCGCCUCCAGGCCGUCUCAGUUCGAUCUCUGCCAUCCUUAAUCAAGCGGAUCCACGCAAUGAAUCUCCUCUGGGCCGACCCCAGCCCUUCCAACCUCCCAUGCAACCUGCACACCAAUCGCAGCAACUUCCCAGCAUCUCCUCCUUCUCGGAUCCUGCAGCCGAGCGCCGCGCCCAACUGGAACGUGAAGCUGAGCAGAUGCGUGAAGCACUGCGAGCCAAGGAACGUGAACUUGCUGCGAUGGGCCGUUAA